CCAUUCACAGAUGUUUAAUUAAAAAGAAAUGAUUAGGACCCCUUGACUGUUUUAUUUUCAUUAAUUUUCUCGUAUGACAAUAUCAAGCACCCCCUGCGGAGUGCUGAUAACGCGCGCGGGGUGAGCUAUAACACAGCAGACAACGGCGUCCUAUUCACUCCUGUCGCGCGACAACCUCCGCCACGCGUGGAGUGCUGAGUGAAAACCGAUCUGUGGAAAAUUGGGGAGGAAAUAGCCUUCCCGGGAUCAGCGUGGCCGUAUAGAGUUACGGUGGAGGCCCCUCCCCCUGUCUGGCUCGCUCUUUUUUCUCAACCUCUCGGUUGGCUUUCGGAGAGGGCUCGAUCCUGCUCACACUCAGACCGCUGAGGAAUAGCAGGCAGAAGAUGGCUGACUCGCCCGGGCACGGUGAGCCCCCGACAGCAGCAGCAUCAACUUCACUGGGGCUUCUCGCGCGCCUGCCAUUCGCUGCCACUCCGCAACUCUGAAACGGCCCCGCCUCGCUCCGUGCCGUGCGCCCGCGGGGUUAGACCCCCAAAUAUUGACAGAGAUUAAAGAAAACAUGGCUGAGAUGGAGAAAGAGGGCAGACCUCCGGAAAACAAGAGGAGCAGAAAGCCAGCUCACCCCGUGAAGAGGGAAAUUAAUGCAGAGAUGAAGGUCCCGUCCAGUCGGCCCCUACCAGGGGUGGGACAGGCAGGCAAUCUCCAUGGCAACUCGCCCUACUUGAUGAGUUUUGCUGAAAACACCAUGAAUGAGUUGCUUGGAUGGUACGGAUAUGACAAAGUGGAGUUACGAGACUCAGAUGACAUAGAGAUCCGCAACUACCCUGAUGGAGGAAUGCGGCAACACAUCUCUGUCCUGAAAGAGAACUCUUUGCCAAAAGCAUCCACAGUAGAGAACAGCAGUGGUUCUCCUCCACACGCCAACAGCUCUGGCUCUACUCCGACAUCACGGAAUGGAGUAACAGCCGAGGCGUCUGUAAACCCCUCCUCCUCUAAGGAGCAUGGAGGCAUGCCAAUCAUAGUGCCCUUAAUCCCGCCCCCUCUGAUCAAAGCACCAGCAGAGGAGGACACCGCUAAUGUUCAGAUAAUGUGUGCGUGGUGUCAGAAGGUGGGAGUGAAGCGUUAUUCUCUCAGUAUGGGCUCUGAACUGAAGAGUUUCUGUAGUGAGAAAUGCUUCGCUGCCUGUCGACGUGCCUACUUCAAACGCAACAAGCUUGGAUAUGUGAGGAAUUGCAGUGCCAGAGAGGAGGAGGGCGUUCCACACCACAGCUUGUCCAAAGACACGCCCAGACUUGUCCUCAAGACAAACAGCGAUGUCCUUGUCUGUGAUUGGUGCAAACACAUCCGCCACACUAAGGAAUACCUGGAUUUUGGAGCGGGUGAAAGACGGCUUCAGUUCUGCAGUGCAAAGUGUCUGAACCAGUAUAAGAUGGACAUAUUCUAUAAAGAGACUCAGGCUGCACUGCCAGGGGGUUUAUGUAACCCUCCUCUCUCCACAAGUGAUAUGAAAUCAGAGAGCGCAGCGGGAGUACAGCUCCUCACACCUGAGUCCUGGAGCGCACCUAUAAAUGAGCUCCGCAGUCACAAGGCACCUUCACCAGGCGGUGCCACCACUGUAGCCAGACCUUCUGGAUCCACCUCGGGGUCACCAUCUGAAACUGGAAAUGUGUGUUCCUCCUCAUCUUCAUCAUCCUCGUCAUCAUCAUCUACGAAAAUCCCCACACCACGGCCACACGAAAGCCCUGCAUUACUGCCACCUCCUCCACCACAUAUAGCAGGUUUACAUCCAGCUCUGGGUGUGCCACCUGGCAGCCCACCGAUGGUGAUGACACCCCGUGGCCCAGUUCCUCUCCCUUUCUUUAUGGAGCACCAGAUGAUGCAGCAGAUUCGCCCUCCGUUCUUACGCCCCCCAGGCCCCAAUAGCCCUCAUUCCAAUCCCAUGAUUCCUGGCAUUGGGCCACCACCUCCUCGGACUUUGGGUCCUCCAUCAAGCCCUAUGCACCGCCCACUCCUUUCCCCCCACAUACACCCAUCCUCCACCCCAACCCUUCCUGUGAACCCUCCGGGUAUGAUGCCCCCUCAUCCCGGUGGCCACAUGCCAUCCUUGCCUUUCCACCCAGUUAACAUGAUGCCAGCUGGACCCAUCCCAGUUCCGCCCUAUAUGAAUAUUGGCAUACCUUCUCUGGCCCCCUUGGUGCCACCACCAACAUUAUUAGUGCCCUAUCCAGUGAUUGUGCCAUUACCAGUCCCCAUACCCAUUCCGGUGCCCAUACCAUUCAAUCCCCGGGCUUCUGGUGACCGACCAGGAAAUGACGGAACGCUUCUGAACGCUGUGAGUGAGCGGAGUGAUUCAAAAGCAUCACCACCAUUUUCUCAAAGCACCUCCAGAGGGGAGGGGAUGGACUUUCAACAAGCCCCUUCUACCUCAGAUACACUUUCACCAGGAUUUUCCAAACAGACAGAGCAGGGCAGGACAAACGUGGCGGAGCUCAUAGUUAAAAUGGAAAACUCUGGUAACGGAAACUUUGGACACUCCCACAAAGACACACCAGCAGAUGGGGUCAUUGAUUUAACAACCAGUCGUCGCUCCCGGCAACAGCUAGUUAUCCAGAGGACUGUAACCUGUGUGCAGGUAAAAGCAGAGCCUGGGUUAAGCCCACCACCAGCAGUUUUGGGUGAAACCGAGGUGGAUGGGUCGGGCAGUACUAGCACAGGUACAAUAGAAGAUAACCACAGAGAGAGUAAUGCUAAAAGCCCUUUGGCUAGUGUGGCUCUGCCUUGUGUCGACCCGUCCUACUGCAGUGGCACUCCGCCACUUUCUCAGCCAGUCACAUGCAGCUACUCCACUGGUCCUACCAACACCAUCACAGCUACAACUGAGCCUGGCUCUGCUACGCCCUGCAAUGUGAUUGUUAAUGGGAGCUGUAAUGUGCCUCCAACAGAGAGUUUGAUCAGAACACCUCCGUUAGAGCAGCACCCUCUAGUGGACUCCUGCCGCAGGACUGCCGCUGUGUGCGAUUUAGAUGGAGAGGACCUCAAAGAGAACAGCUGCUUGGCAACAGAAAGAGACUUGGCAGGUAAGAAAAUCUCAAUUGACCAGUCUGCCAUUACUGCAAAAACAGGGGAGGACAAGCCUCAGAACCCUGAAGAUGCCCCAUCUGGUGAGGACCAUGCCUACGCUCUUCCCCUAAUGCCUAAACCUGGCUGUGUCAUUCAGCCUGUUCCCAAACCUGCUGACAAAUCCGCUGCCAUUAUGCCCUGUGGCUUGACAGAUCCAUUAACAGGAACCAUUCCAAUGGAAAUGGAGCCUCCGCUGAAGAGAAGGUGUCUGCGAAUCCGCAAUCAGAACAAGUGAAAUAGAGGACAGAAACAACACCUCACCAAAGGGAUAGAGAGGACUGCACUGCAGCAGAGACCAUCAGCUGUCCACAGACUUCAUUCACAAUCCAGCCAAUCAAGAUGUCAACCUUGCUUGCUCCACUUUUUCAAUCCAGGACAUACACGUUGUGACAUAAAAUGCAUACAAAUUAUCCAGAUUGGGCAGCAGUCUGCUCCGUCUCCACCCCUUUCGGCUAAACAAAGACUGACACAAAGUGUUAAUCUGAGAAGUAGAUCAGACGUGAUGUUUGACCUUCAACUGCGAUGUCUUCAGGCAGUCUGUUUUCAGUCUACUUGUUGAUGAAAAAGAUAUUUCUCAUCCUUGUUAAGAGGACUUUCCACCUGCCGGUUGGAGGCGGCACUGCAGUGCAGGAUUAAAGUGUACAUAAACAGAUUUCCGAGAAGGCGGAUCUUAAGCCAAACACAAUAGGUCUGCCAGGCUGCCAAUCAGACAUACCCAUGAAUAACUAUAAUUUGGAACAGGGCCAGUCAAAUCCUGCCACAGAUGGAUGGACCAGUUUUCUGCUUUGUGUGUGCAUUCAAAGAGGCUCAGUUUAAUCUGCCUGAACAUUUGGAGUCUGAUGCUUCUGAUUCAAUAGCUUCAGUAAGACAGACUAAUACAGAUGCAGAGCGGCUCUAAAAGAUGGACAGAAAACUCUCUCUUCUCAAAUCUUUAUUUCGCUCUCCCCCCUCACUUCCUCUGACUAUGUAUCAGUAUCUGCAGCACAAGCGAAACACUCUGUACUCUUUCUUAACCUCUUUCCCCACUCUUCUUUCUGAGGGAGAGUAGUUCCGGAACCAGACACCCCAAAAAAUACAGGAAGAGAGAAGUGUACACACCCUGGAGGAAGUACAAAUCCAGAAGGAUGAAGUGAACUUUCAUCUCAUCUCUGGGAAGAAGCUGGAAACUCAUCCAUCCUUGGAGAAGAAAACUAGAAGAUAAGUAGUCUGCACUACUGGAGAACAGUGUUUGUGGAUUGUUUGCUGGUUUAUUGUGCAAUGACAAUUCAUUUACUCACUGAUUUGAUUGAGGAUUACAGGGUACAGACUUCACCAAGCAUUUCGGCAAACACAUACACAAAAUGGCUGCUAGCUUUGUGUCCAUUGGCUUGGAGACUGUCCCACCCAGUCUGUUCAAUCACAAGCGCUCACGGCUCAGCAAAGAGUUGGUCUAACACUGCUGGGGGGUUGUGUACACACUGUCCUGAUGUAUCAGUUGGCUUAGAUGGAAAGCAAUGUACACGGGGGCAUUUGGGUUGGAUUUCUCAUUAUUUAUAACAGUUACUAUCUUAUUGCGGUGCUCUUAUUUAAGAAAAAUCCCUCCUGGGUUUUCUAUCAAGAGUACAAUCAAAACCAGUGGAGAGGUCAGUAAAUGUCUCGGCCAGCUGUGAGUUUAUGUCAAUUGUGCAUUCUUGAGGUUCAUUUAGAUUUUUUUUUUAUGCUUUACUUUUUGCCAAAUCCCAAUCAGUGCUAAAUUAUGUACAUCACUUCCUUUCCAGCUAUGGUUACAGGAACAGUUUCUGUUAGUUCCAAGGUGCCUCAGUGUAGAUGCCAAGAACAUUCUUCCUAAAGGUAGACUGGGUUGGUUAGGAUUAGGUUAGGUUAGAGCCAAAAUGAUUUACGUUGCACAGAGUAAGAGCUGAGUGCAUGGUUAGCACCUGUGUGCAUAGGUUAUUUGUUUUGACUAAAGUGGAGGAAUGAACCUUAAAGCCAAGUGUGUGUGUGUGUGUGGGGGGGGGGGGGGUAUCAGAUUUCUUGCCAAAAUGGAGUUCUGUUUGACAAAACAUUCAUUUUGCCAAUUUAUUUUGGGAAAAGUUCUAAUGUUCAAGUCCAAAAAUUGUCAAGCAAUAUGUUGGAAAUCACAAGAUGGAAGAAAAAAAAAAGUCACCCAGAUCAGAAAUACACACUCUGAUGAUUUGACUGUAUUGAUGAGUGUUCUCCAAAUGGCUAGAUUUUCAGUCAAACAUGAAAAGAGGAACUAAAUAUAAACAUUUCCACGAAUUUCAUGUACAGAAUUUCAGACCAGAUAUUUUUUUGUUUGUUUGUUUUAUUGUAAUUUUUUUAUUAUUUUGUUUGUUUUCUUUACUUAAUUUACUUUUUUUUUACUGAUCAGCACUGACCCAAAUCUACCCUUCAACCUUUAGCACUUCUCUCUCUCCUUCUUUUCCCCUCUGUGUUUUUUCUCUCCACUUCUGGACGGCGUACAAACAAGAGUGCAAUCCUAUCCUAUCCCUCUGUACUUUUUGCUGCAGGAUUCAGUUUCACAGUGGUAUAUUUUUUAAGAGUAGGCUCAGAGGUCUAAUUGUGACUGGCUAGAGUAAGGACUAAAUUUCUCUCUGGGCUUCGUAUGUGGCGGAGCCUCAUUCCAGUGUCAGAUUUAAACACACACACACACACACACACAUUCUUGUGUCAGAUUUAUUUUGUCAGUACUGAUACAGCUGGCUGACCCUCCGUCUGGAUGGAAGUGUUACAGAAAGCAGAUUGAUGAAAAGGGCAAAAUAUCAGAGAAGCAUAAACACAUACACCCAAUGUACUGUACACUCUGAGUCCCCACAAAGAUCGUAAACCAGACACGAGUGUGUGUGUGUGGAACAAACAGUGUUGCUCUGAGAAUCUUUAUAAUGUGUGUGCUGCACAACCAAACAUACAUUACAUGUCUGGAUUUGUCAUGAGGAGCCAGCCACAGCAUCAUAUAUCGCUCUCUUUAUUGACUCAAAUUUCCUCUAUUUUUCCUUCUCUCCUCCUCCCCCUCUUUCAUACUAAGCCCUUUUAUUGCUCCUUGAUAUUUUUAAUUCUUAAGUAAUUAUUUACUUAGUAUUUCAAAUAUACCAUAGUGAACUAUGGAAGCCUUUUUCCACCUCAGAGUAGAAAGAAAGAAAUGUAAUUUUGAGAUACAUUUAAAAUAAGAACAUGAACUGUGAGAUAUAAAGUUACAAUUACAGGAAAUAAAAGUUGCAAUUAAGAGAAGUAUUUGCAAGUGCAAGUUAUAAAAAAGUCUCCAUGCAAGACCAAGUUGCAAUUAUGAAAAAUGUCUCAAAUGCAAGAAAUAAAGUCUUCUUUGUAAGACAUACAGUAGCAAUUUAGCAAAAUCAAAGCUGAAAUGGUGAAAUAUUGUCACAGUAGGAGAUUUAAAAUUACAACUGGGAAACAUAAGAAUCGUAAUUACACUUUUUGUUUUUUUUACUCUGAAAUCCAGAUGUCUAGAAAAAAAUAUAACUCUGAUUCUCUCUGAUCUAUACAAAUGUAUUCCCAUUUUCAAACUUAAUUUCUCUAUAAUGAUGUGCUCUUAAAAGAAGCAGUUACAGCUGUUUAUGUUUAUUAAUAGGGAGUAUGGAGGACCAUUUAAGGUCAUGUCUUACUGAAAUCACUCUUCAUAUAGCUGCAAAAACCACCCAAACACCCAUUACUGCUUAUCUCGCAGACAUGAAAUAUGUUUUUUUUUUUUUUUUUUUACUUUCCUGUGUGUGUGAGUGUAUUUGCGUGUGUGACCUUGCUUUUGUAACUGGAGCAGCACAGACUGGGCUGGGACAGAUAUAACCCUGAAACCGAACACUGUUGUAGUGUCUGCGGUCCCACGCAGACAAGACAAUGACACCAGCAAAAACGUAUGCGUGUGUGUGUUUGUGUGUAUGUUAAUUAUUAGAAAUGGCCACAAAACAGUAUAAUUUAUCUGAUAAAGUUCGCGUAAACUGUUGAAAUUUGUUAAAGGGUAUAUUUGAUUUGCUGUCCAGGGCUUUCUAAAUAGCAUGAUUGUUAUCCUGCGUUUCUAAAGUGAAAAAAAGAUCUACUGUAGCGUGUCAAUUAGAGGGUUGCCAGAUCUUUCUAAAAAAGAAAACACCUUUCCCCAAACAAGCCCAAAAUAAGUGAUUUGUCUUACCAAAAUACAAAACCAUUCCAAAGGUUUGGGGUCAGUAAAACACAGUAAAAAUAAUGUUAAAAACAGUAAUGUUGUGAAGUAUGAUUAAAAUUCUUGUGAAAAGGCCAUGAAUUGACAAAGCUGAAUUUUGAGCAACUAUUACUCCAGUCUUCAGUGUGACAUAAUCCUUCAGAAAUCGUUCUAAUCUUUUGAUUUGGUGCUCAAGGACGAUUCCUUACUGUAAAUGUUGAAAACAGUUUCUGCUAAUAUUUUUGUAGAUUUUUUUUUUCAGGAUCCUUUGAUGAAAGGAAAAUCCAAAAGAACAGAUUUUAUUUGAAAUUCAGAUCUUUUGUAAUGUUUUAAUUGUUGUUACUUACACUUAUGACCAAUUGAAUGCAUCCUUGUUGAAUAAAAUAUAUAUUUUUUAAAAACUUACUGACCUCAAACUUUUGAAAGUAUAGUGUAAGUCUAAAAAUAAGCUAUUUUUAUAUGAAAAACAAAAGCCGAGGCAAACAGAGUAAAAAAAAAUUGGGGAUAUUUAAUUUCUGAAAUAAUCCCAAAACAAUGAGACCCGUGUUUAUAAGCAACUUUAUUAAAAAAGACCAAAACUGCUUAUGAUUAAACAUGGCAACAUUGGUCCACUAGAGGGAAGUGAAGUGUGUUCUGUCAGCAAGCUCAAAGAAGGACAGAUGAGAAACACAAGCAGUUAAAAAAAAAUAACCAUAGUGCUUGAGUGCAAUACUGUAAUCCAAGAGCAUUUCAAAGGAUCUACUAGAGAGGCGCCUGUUUUAGAGACCAAACUGUCUUUAAGCCCUGAAGCUGGGUACAAAAAGAGCACUUGGCUUUUCCGUUCACCACAAUUAGUCAGUCUGAAUGUUUGGAGGGCCUCUGUUUAAUCAGAUGGGGGGAACAUGAGCUCUGCUGUGGCCAAAGAUCAGCCACACGCACAGAAACAAGAUGGAGACGCUGAAACCCAUACACCCCAACUCAAAUACCAGCAAAACCAAUCAAUCAGUGCAUCCCUCAUCGAGCAGUGUUAUACAACUCAAACCAAACAACAAUCACAGACACGUCAGCUCUACUGUAAUGAUGCUAAAUCAAGAGAACUGGAAAAGCAAGAGGCAGCUCAGAUGUGAGUUUUCAACAUCUAUAGUAUGUGACAAAGGGCUCGGUAAUAUCCUGUAGCCAUGUGAGAAAUGUUUUUUUCCCAUCAUUCCCGUGGGUGGUAUUAAGAGGAUGGCUUUGUCAACAUCCGGAAUUAUGCAACAAUAAAUUCUUAUUUGCACUCUGUGUGAGAGGCACUAUGUCUGUAAAAUAACAAGAGCAAACUGCAGUUUUUAAGAAUCUAAUUUUAAAAGGUUUUUGAGGCGAACAUUUGAGCUGCCUUAAUUCUUUGUGCUCUGUAAUUAACAAUGCCUGCUUGAUUAAGAAAAGCAAAACCCACUUUGUAAAAAAUAAAAUAAGAAACAUUUGCCCACUCUCACCCAUCUCACCCCUUUUAACCCGAAACCUUGUACAUUUACCCUUGUUGUUGUUUUUUCAAUCUUUUUUGUGUACUUACAGAACAUUUUAUAGUAUUAUUUAUUACUGGCAAGCCUUUGAAUUCAUAAAAAGCAUGAGAGGUGGUUCUUUGAACAGGGUAGCAAGAGGCAGAAAAGCUUCUCAAAGAAAAGUAUGUUUUUUGUUUUGUUUUGUUUUGUUUUUAAUUAAAGAAGGAAAUGGCAAGAAUAAAAGAAAAAGAUAAACUUGUCUUUUUAUUAUGAAGUUGUUAUAAAACUUGUUGCUUUGAAAUGUACAAUUUUUGUGUUGUAACAGUAUUUGUUUAACCCAGUGAAUUGCUUAUUACAACUUAAUAAAUAGAGGCACACUCCAAUU